GCGGAGGCGGAUGCAAUUCCCCGGCUGCCCCUGGCUCCUCGGCGGGGCGGCGGGGCCCGGCCCGCAGCGCGCAGGCACCGACAGCGGCUCCAGUCCCGGCCCCGCUACCGGCCCCGGCGCGGAGGUGGGCGGCAGCGCGGCCCCGCUCCGCUCCGCGCUCUCCCCGCCGCGGCCCGGGCCCAGCUGCCGGGGCCCGGCCCAGCACCGCGGGGCCAUGGCCGAGUGGGCGCCCGCCCAGGUGCAGGAAUGGAAUGUGGAGGGCUCCCACCUGAUGCCACUGCAGCCGCCGCUGCUGCCGGAGCGGGCGCACGUGCGAGAGGCACAGCUCCACUCUGCCGAGGCCUCCCUCUGGACCGUGGUGGCCACGGUGCAGGCCAUGGAGAGGAAGAUCGACCUCCUCGCCACCCGCCUGCUCAGCCUGGAGGGUCGGUCCGGCACGGCCGAGAAGAAGCUCCUGGACUGUGAGAAGACAGCCAUGGAGUUCGGGAACCAGCUGGAGAGCAAGUGGGCUGUGCUGGGCACCCUCAUCCAGGAGUACGGGCUGCUCCAGCGGCGCCUGGAGAACGUGGAGAACCUCCUCAAGAACAGGAACUUCUGGGUGCUGCGGCUGCCCCCUGGCCCACAGGGUGAAGUCCCCAAGGUGCCGGUGACGUUUGUUGACAUUGCUGUCUACUUCUCCGCGGAGGAGUGGAAGAAUUUGGAGGAGUGGCAGAAAGAGCUGUACAAUAACCUGGUGAAGGAGAACUAUGAGUCUUUGAUCUCCCUGGAUGGUGCCCUCUCCAGAAACGAGGCACAGCCCCGCAGCGAGCGCCCAGAGGGACCUUGCGUCCCUGAGCAGAGGGAUCUGGAGCAGAGGGAGCUGCCAACGGAUGCCUGUGCGGAGUCACUGAUCUCCACCUCCGACGUCCUGUCCCGGAUCAAACAGGAGGUGUCCUUCGUUGGGGAGCAGCAUUUCACGGAGGAGCGGGCGAUGCCGGCAGACCCCUGUGCAGGUGCAGACGCCCUGAUCACUGCCCACGACUUCUUGUCAUGGAUCAAGCAGGAGGAAGAGCCCUGCGUCCGUGAGCCCUGGGAGCUGCCUGAGAGGGAGAUGCUGACAGGCCCUGGUCCUGCUGGCGAUGGGCUGCUGGUGAAGAUGGAGGAGCGGUGCCCUCAUGCCGAGCCCCCCGAUGAGGUGGGUUUGCCGGGCAGCUCUGGGGAGCUGCUCUUCCCCAGCACAGGCUUUGGGAACCCUGAGGGACAGGCAGCGGUGACACCAGCUCCAGCGGUGGCCCUGCCAGCACAGCACAGACUGGGCAAAGCUCCGGGCUCAGAGCCGGGACCGGGAGCCGAGGCAGCGGGUCCCACUGCGACACCGGGACCGGCCGAGGAGCGGCCACACGGCUGCACUGAGUGCGGGAAGAGCUUCAGCGGGAAGAAGAGCCUGCGGAUCCACCAGCGGACCCAUGCGCCCGAGCCCCCCUUCCCCUGCGCCGAGUGCGGCAAGACCUUCAACUGCCACUCGGGGCUGGUGCGGCACCAGAUGAUCCACCGCGGCGAGCGGCCCUACAAGUGCACCGAGUGCGGCAAGUGCUACAGCCGCAAGGAGCACCUGCAGAACCACCAGCGCCUGCACACGGGCGAGCGGCCCUUUGCCUGCGCCGCCUGCGGCAAAACCUUCAUCCGCAAGCAGAACCUGCUCAAGCACCACCGCAUCCACACCGGAGAACGGCCCUACCAGUGCCCGUCCUGCGGACGCAGCUUCCGCUACAAGGAAUCCCUCAAGGAUCACCAGCGGGUCCAUGGGGCCGAGGGGGGGGCCCCCCCGCUGCCGCCCUCUGGCAUCAUGCCCCCUGGGGACUAGGGGCUGCUCUGCCACAGACUGAUACCCCCCGGGAUGGGGGCAGGCACCGGCCACGCAGCUUCCUACCAAAUAGAGGUGCCCAGCCGGAGCGGGGGCACAUGGGGAUCCCCGGGGCCAGCCCCUGCUAUGGACGGACGCUCUUUGGCCCCCACUGCUCCCCGCACCGGACAAUCCUGCUGCACAGGAUGGGGAGCAGCUCCCCCGCCUUGCCCCCUCGCUGCCAGCCCCCGCCUGCUGCUCUGCUCCCCUGGCCCCCGCUGCUUAUUUUUACUGCCCCCCGCCCCGUGCCAUCCUGCUCUGUACAGUGCUUGGGGUGUAGUUUUGUAUGGACAAUGUGCUACAGAAUAAAGUCAUGCUGGGCUGCAGCGCCUUGGCCCCUGGCCCCUCAGGGUUCCCCAUGGCCCUCAGGCCUUGCAGCCAUGCUCCUGCCACAUCCCCGUGGUCCGGCAUCCUGGGGAGGCAGUGGCAGUGCCUGCAAGCUUGGUGAUGGGGAAUAGGGGGAAAUCACGGCUCAGCAUGGGGCAUAGGGCAGUGGGAAUGGCAGCACCACAGAGCCAAAGGGCAUGGCAGCUGCCUGAUGUCUCCAGCCACCAUGGCCUGGUGCUGGCAAUGUGAGAAGUGCCUGCACCCAUGGGUGAACCUGCAGGGAGAGGGAAGGACAGGCAACCGUGCUGCAGGGUGCCUCUGUGUGUGUCUGCACAUACCAGCCAUGACUUUUAAGGUCU